AUGCGUCGGCGACAGCCGAAGGGUAAAGUCCGCAAAUUACAAACAUGGACAAAACAAUUUGGACAAAUAUAUGGAAUUUAUGAAGGAACAAUACGUGUUUAUAUUGUAUCCAAUGCCAACUUUUUACAAGAAGUAUUUAUUAAACAAUUUUCAAAUUUUUAUGCACGAAAAGGAGUCAUUCAGACAAAUACACAACUUGUAAAUUUGUUUACUUCUGAUGGAGCUACAUGGAAACGUCAACGACAUGUGAUUAAUCCAACAUUUUCUGCUAUAAAAUUGAAAGAAAUGGCGCCGCUUAUUAAUGAUUGUAUUAAUCAAUUGAUGAAUAAAUUACAAACAUAUGCAGAUAAAAAUGAAGAAUUUAAUAUCUAUGAAUUAUAUAAACGAAUGACAAUGGAUGUUAUCUGUCGAUGUGCAUUUGGUAUUGAUACUAAUAUGCAAAAUGAUCCCGAUAAUAUCUAUUUGAAAAAGGCCUAUAGAGAGUAUUUGCCACUGAUUUUCUUCACACAACGUUCUCAUUCACAACGUUCUACGAUGAAACUAAGUGCACUCAUACCAUCAUUCAAUUCAUUAUUUAUUAAAUUAACGUUUUUACAAAAUAAUCUAAAACGACGUAUAAAUCAAAUAUUUCCAUCGUCGAUUGAAUAUUUCGAAGAACUACCGGUGCUAUGGUUGGGUAAUCGUGUAACUGAAGUAAUUGAAAUGAGAUCUAAACAAGCUAAACAAUGA